AAUCGAACCAGAGGAUUGUUAUUUUGUUAUUUAACAUGAGUGAUGAAGUAGAUGCUCUUCUUAGCGAAGACAAAGACCAGGUAAAUAUUUAUAUAUAUGAUAAUUCUUCCCUUAAAUUUUGUAAUGAAUAUACAUAAUAUAGGUUAGGAAUAUACAUUCACUAUAAAUUAGAUACAUAAAUACUGAAAUAAUUCAGCAUGCUUUUAUCAAUUAGGAUGAGAUCAGAAGAGAAGUCUCGCAGAUGAGCUUUGAAGACCUUCAAAAGCUGCAUCAGGAAUUAGGCAGUAAGGUAUACAAAGAAGCACUGUUCGGUCCUCGCAAGGUUAGUAAGAAAGUGGAAUUCAAACGAGAAAAUAAAAACAGACCUCGUGAAGUAUCCGCAAAGAAACCCGUUCCGCGAUUCCGAGAAGUAAUACAAGUAAAGAAACACAUUCCAAGGGAUCCUAGAUUCGAUGGUCUAUGUGGCACGUUUGACAAAAAGGCAUUUAGAAAGGCUUACGAAUUUAUUAGUGAGAUAAAAGAGAAUGAUCUACAAGAACUAAAGAAACAAUUGAAUGAGACUGACGAUCCCAAAACGAUAAAGAAGAUCAAAUACCUCAUACAACGAUUGAAGAAUCAAUUACACGAAGAAAAAAGAAGAAAAUUAGAGGAAGAAAAGAAAUAUGAAGAAAAGAAGGAGAUUGUCGAGGCCAUCAAACAGGGCCAAAAGCCAGUAUUUAAAAAGAAAUCUGAAAAACGAAUAUUGGAUCUAGUUUCUCAAUACGAGGAACUGAAAGAAUCUGGCAAAUUGAAGAAACAUAUUCAACGAUUGCGCAAAAAGAAUCGGCGAAGGGAUGGUCUGAAAUUCGCCGAGUCAGAAUCUGAAUGAAAAAACGAAGGUAUAUGUGAAAUUAAAAUUUAUACGAAUCAAACAUAGCUGGGGAUAAUUACAGAUGUACAUACGUAUAAUAAAUGUUACUAC